CCACUGUGCCACGUUUCACUAAAUGACGUAAUCCCUCCUGUGGGCUGACACUUCACUGCUGCGGCAACGAGACAGCGAGCGCGAGCGCGUCCCGGAGCCGUCUGCCUACGCGCUUCUUUCUCUUCUACUUUUCUCAUUUCACCACCUUACGGCGACGACGACGUCUGCUUUAACGUCUGUAUUUAUUCCAAACCACGCGAUAUUUUCCCACCAGGAUUUCUGUUAGUAUUUAGAAUUAGCCACCAGCGCAGCUAAUGUUAGCAGUUUCCUGGUUGAAGUUUCAGCCAUUUUGGAUUUUUGCUGAGAAAACAGCUAGCCGGCCGCGGAAAACAGAGCCAGCUAGUUAUCACUGCUGACCACCGCUGAUCAUCUACGGACACCGAAACAGGUUUGAUCCCACGAGAAGGGAUAUACUAUAGAGCGAAACAACGAUGAAUCCCGAAUAUGAUUAUUUAUUCAAGCUGCUCCUGAUUGGUGACUCCGGUGUUGGAAAGUCUUGCCUUCUUCUCAGAUUUGCAGAUGAUACAUACACAGAAAGUUACAUUAGCACUAUUGGUGUUGACUUCAAAAUACGAACCAUAGAGCUUGAUGGAAAGACCAUUAAACUUCAGAUUUGGGACACAGCCGGACAGGAGAGGUUUCGUACAAUCACAUCCAGCUACUACAGAGGUGCCCAUGGUAUCAUUGUAGUGUACGAUGUCACAGAUCAGGAGUCCUUCAACAAUGUCAAACAGUGGCUACAGGAGAUUGACCGCUACGCCAGUGAAAACGUCAACAAGCUCUUGGUUGGGAACAAGUGUGACUUGACAACAAAGAAGGUGGUGGAUUACACAACAGCAAAGGAGUUUGCUGACUCUCUGGGAAUUCCCUUUUUGGAAACCAGUGCAAAAAAUGCAACAAAUGUAGAGCAAGCAUUCAUGACGAUGGCUGCAGAAAUCAAGAAGAGGAUGGGCCCCGGGGCCACAGCUGGGGGAGGAGAGAAGCCCAACGUGAAGCUGACUCCAGGCACAUCCGUAAAGGCUUCGUCAGGAGGCUGCUGCUGAGGGAGGAACCCCCGUUCACCGGCCCGGCUCGCACUCUGCAGGCCUGUCAGCCUGGCUGCCACCCCACCUCCAAACUCCACUGUGUCCCAACAAGAGCCCCCAUUCGAACAGGCAGGAUACGGAAGACCUGAUUUGUAUCUAUGACGGAACAAGAUAACGUUGCCUGUAUUUUACUGUACAUAACGUAGUCGCACUACCAAAAGAAAAAACAAAAACAAAAAAACAAACAAUUAAAGCAUCCUACUGGUCUUUCUGUCCUGUUAUUGAUGACAAAUUCUACUGAAACAUGAUCAUUCAACUCGGCCCUGUAACCCAACCACAUGUUAGACCUCAGAGACUCUUUCAUUCAGGUUGAUGAGAGCUGUGUGUCUGUGUGACUGUCUCUUCAUUCCUUCUGUAGGGUUGGUAAAUUAAUCCUUUUCAUUUAGGUUUCUGCUGGUAUUGGAGCUUUUUUCCCCCUCUUUUCUCUAUGUGAUGAUUUUGCUGUCUUUUUCAGAGUGUCAGUCAGCCUGCCCCCAGUUGAAGGUGUUUUUAAUUUUUCUUACCAGCCUCUGCACAGCAUUGUCUCGGCUGUUCUGAAAGUCAAGUGCAAGUAUAUGUACAUAAACAUUAUGUAUAUAUAUGUAAAACUGGGUUUGCCAGUUCUGCCGUGUUUAACACAUGAUGAAUUGGUUUUGACUCUUUAUCUUUGCAUUAAAUAUGUGGCUCUUGACAACCUUGUUUGUUGCUCAACAUGUAACACUUAACAAAAUUCAUAAUAAAUAUUGGACUAUCCUACUGUA